GGUUGUUGGUGUCGGGCUAUGCUCUGCACUCGUGUAAGGAAAUUCGAAAGAAAGGGAUGGACUUUCGAAGACCGAUUGGCCUGUUGUUUCAAAUUUGAGCUUUGGGUUUGAUUACGUGUCUCAAUCCGAUGACUGCAUGCAUGUGGGUGAUAGAAGAAAAUCCAAUUCGACACUCUCUUUCUUCAGAUUUGAUGUGAUAUUGAUGUUGCUCCGGAAUGUAACCGAUUUGAUACUCGUGGCAAGCCCACCUUAGGAUAGUGUCAAAUGCUCUUGGGUUCUCAUUGACUGUUGGAGUGGAAUCUGCAUCAAUUUGCUUCUAGAAAGAUGCACCUUCCCCGGCUCCUCUGUUGUUGGCCUGCCGGAUUAGCCCGGUUCGGAAUGUCGUGUGGGUAAGUCUUACUCAAGAACGCGAUUCUGGCAAUGAGCAGACCUUUCGUUGGAGUAUGUCCCUAACUAGGUGUUACUUGGUACCUGAAACUCCAGUCUGGAGAUGAAGCAAGAAUCCUCGGAGAUUGAUAACGCCAAUGAGACUGAUGGAAACAUCCAUGGUCCAAUAAAUUGUCAGGAAAUGCGGGAAUCAACAGAGAUCACUGUCCUUGAUGAGAGUAAUGGAAAGAGUUCUGAGAUAAAGGAAAAUGGUGAUCUCCGGCCAGUUUCAUGCGAUUUGUCUGGUGAAGGUCUGCCUUAUGCUCCCGAGAAUUUUCCUCUUCCUGGUGAUAAAUGGGGGUGGAAAGUGGGGAAGAGAGUGGCCAUUACUGGCCAUUAUCAGGAUAGGUACCUUUAUCUUCCGGAGCGACUCCGUGCUUCUGAGAAGUUGACGAGCAAGAAGUCCUGCUUUGCGAGUAAGCUUUCGGUUGAACGGUACAUCCGAACCAAAUUCCCCGAUGCAGAUAUUGAUGCCUUUUUCGCAUCCUUCAUCUGGAAAAUUCCCUCGGCCAAACUGCCGUUGGCACACGGCAUUGCCAUAAGGCGUCCAUUCUUUCCUGCACAUAAUGAAGAGAUUGUGGAGCAUUCUGAGUCGGAUUCUGAUCUUGGCAUUUUGAGGUGCAAGGCACAAAAUAGGAUGUGCAGUAGCUUACUUGAGCAAUCAGAGAAACUAGCCAGCCCAUCUUGGCCUUGUGAUCAUUGCUGCAGUGAAAGCCGGUUUUGCCGAGAUUGUUGUUGCAUCCUAUGUUGGAAGACCAUAAGUUCAGCUAGUGGAUUGUGUGAUUACAUCAGAUGCGAAGCAAUGAUUGAUGCAAAUCAUAUCUGUGGGCAUAUUGCUCACCUGGACUGUGCUCUCCAAGCUUACAUGGCUGGAACAGUAGGAGGGGUAAUUGGGUUGGACGCCGAGUAUUAUUGCCGACGUUGUGAUGUGAAAACUGGGCUAGUCCCCCAUGUUACCAGGCUGUUGGAAGCUUCUAAAUCUAUUGAUUCUCCCCAUGAACGUGAGAAGAUUUUGAAACUUGCUUUCUGCCUCUUACGCGGUUCUCAGAAAACAAGUGCCAAGACUGUGCUCGAACUAAUUGAGUCUGCUUUGACCAAGCUAAAAUUCGCUGCUCGUGAGGAUAUUUCAACAGCAGACGUUAGUUCAGAAGGCAGGGACGAGUCCAUUAUUUUUCAUCAUCGGACUCAAUCUGCGAGACUUGACGAAGAGAUUGAUCAGGUCCUCCAGUCACUGAGAAAGUCGCAAGAACUCGAAUAUAGAAUCGCAGAAGAACAGCUUCAUGCUCAGAAGCGUUAUCUUCACAAUCUGUACCAGCAACUGGAGCAGGAGAGCUCCGAAUUGGCGUGCCAAGAAAUAUCGGAUGACUUUGACAACUUGCUGAAUCUUGUGUUGAAUAGGAAUAAUCAAAUCAGGCAGGAAGUCCAUAGACUCCAGAAGAUGAAAGAAGUAGCAAAAGGGUUUGGUAAAACAUCAAGAAGUACCCUGAGAGAGCAUUUCGGUCUAGACGUGGAUGACCAAAGCCCAUGAUACCUGUCGCUGGGGGAGUUGGUGAUCCAAGAUAGACAUAGUGACCUGCAUUUUCCUUCUUUCUGGUAUGGACAUUGCCUUGUAAAGCUACCAAAGCAAGAAAGUGGCGAAGGAUCAUUUUAGGCGAUAAGUGCGACCGUGCAAAACAGGGAAGAGAAAAUAAGAAAGGCCUGGUGCUGGAUGAGCAGAAUGAGGCAGAACAAUUUUGAGGUUGGGGCAAAUUUUGUCCUGGAGGCUCAGAGCAGUGUGCUAGAGGAAUGCUUUCAGUUCAGGAGCUAGGGUCUUGGACUUGGAAACUCGUGAUGAAUCUGGUUACUCUGCUGGGUCUUUGCCUGGUUCCAACUCUUUUUUUUUCCUGUAUGCAUUCUUCCUCCCCUGUACACAUUCUUUCUACGCAUGGAAACAAAUAAUUCCCUGAAUGAGAUUGGGAUGUAAAUAUUGUAUUAGCAAAAUAUGUCCUCUUAACGGCUGUCGCUAAGCAUGUUGCAGCCAUGUAGAUAACAUUUUCGUCGCAUCUUGUGAAACAGAAAUCUUUUCCUUCGCACGAAUCGU